UUAGGUUGCCUGCAUGCACAUUUUCGAGCCAUCUAUGACAGAAACGGAACAUCACAACUAUUGCAUUACUUAUAUUUAAGAUAUCUAUAGGGAGUAAUUCAAGGCGAAGUUAGUAGGAGUACUAAUCGGUAGAUGCCACAUGCAUGCGUAAUUCCUGCGCCAUCUACGGACUGUUAACCAAACUCCAUAACUACUGAAUUAAUUGCAAUAAAGAAAUCUACAGUAGGCUACUUUAUCCAUUCUUUGUUCAUAUUCACACUACUAGAUGUCGCUAGCAGGUACAGUGUCGCCAUCUAUGCGCUGGCAACGUUGCAGAUAGAUGUAGAAUCUGAAUUUCCAAAGUUCGACAGGCCAUUGCGUUUUCGCAAACGAGAAACGAAUUUCGCAAGGCACUAGGUGGAAAGUGCUGGAUAAUAAAAAAGACAACAAAAACGAUAAGUUAGUUAGUUGUUAGGUAGUGGAAGAAUCUCAAAUUAGGCGUAAAGACAAUGAAUAUCCUACGUUCACUAGUGCUGGUUUGCUGUGUCAUAGCUGCAUAUUCCGCUGACAGUCCUCCAGCAACUCACAAAGACAUUGCACCAGCACCGGUACAAUUACCAGAGCAUCUAGAACCUCCUCGUCCAGCUGCAGCAGACGACAAUGUUCACCCAAAACCGCACCCCAAAAGUUCAACACUCCCUCCUACAACCCACGAACCUACUCCAUCUUCACCUAAAACCAGCAGCUCCCCCGCACCCACUACAACACCAAAAAGUACCACGACUCCUUCCGUCACGCCUAAAACCAGCACAGCACCGCCUAUUACACACCCCACCACACCUAAAACAACCGUGACUCCGCCCACAACCACCAAGGCCCCUCCCACGCCCGCUCCGGCGCCAAAACCGGAAGUAGGCAAUUGGUCGGUGGGGUAUCCGGACUCGAACAAGAGCUGUAUCGUCAUGAUGGCCGAGAUUCAGCUGGAACUGGUUUGGACGGAGAAGAACAAGACGAUGAAUCAGACCUGGGUGGUGCCCAAGAAUGCCGAAGCUACUGGUGCGUGCGGUAACGAGACUCAGUGGAUUCUCCUGCAAUGGGGCCAGAACAAGACCAGCCAGCUCCACCUGGAUUUUGUUAAAACCAAAGAUAAGAAAUUUGAGGUGCAAAACGUUACCGCAUCUAUCAAUGUCACCUUACCCGAUCAAGGUCCAAAUGUUUGGAAUUUCUCGUUGGUCAACCAGACCGACUUCCCGACACCGCUGCAGAUGUCUUACAAAUGCAUGAAGGAGCAGACGCUGAAAUUGAAAGCUGAUAAAACAAACUCGACCUUUGUCAAUCUCAAACUGAGCCAUGUGCAAAUGCAAGCUUUCAUGAACAGCACUAGUGAUAAAUUUGAUUCAGCUCUUGACUGCGAGGGAUCGGUGGUGAACGACACAGUACCGAUCGUUGUGGGCAGCAUCCUGAUAGUGAUGAUCCUGAUGAUCCUUGCGGCGUACCUGCUGAGCAGAAGACGGUGCCAGGCGCGCGGCUACCUCUCAAUGUGAGUCACCACAUAAUCACACUCCUCCUCUUCCUCCAAGUCAAACAGUCUUUUUGGCCUACAGUGAUACGUUAGCCUCCUUUGCGUCUCGUCCCAGGGUGUUCAUUUGUUACAUUUCAGCUGUUUUAUUGUAAGAAUCUGAUACAUACCAAGGUUUAAGAUCAGACGUUUAUCUAUCAUGCAUGGCUAGAUAAAUUAUAGAUCAGCUUAUAAUAACCGAAUGUGGCACUAAAGUAACUUGCCAUAGUAAUGAUUGUAUUAUUCUUUCAAGAUAUGUAUCAUAAGCCCUAACUUGCCAUUUAAAGAUGUGAGGUGCGAGCGUGUUAAAGAACCCCGCAGUUUUCUUGUGGAAAAUUGUUUUUUGUUCUAUUAGUUGAAAUUCGGCAUAGAGGUAGUUUUCGAUAUGGCGAUCAAAUGUUCUAAUGGGUCCAACCCUCUGAAACACCUCCCAAGCCCCUACAGAACCCAGGAGCUAUUGAUACGGGAAGACAAUACUUUUUAUCUACAUAUAUUUUUCACGCUCAGCAGUACCCAUCGCUCUAUUAUUUCUAGAUUCAAAAAACAUUCCUUAUUUCGAAAAUCUAUGCUUACUGCUCUCUAAAGAUAGAAUGAUCUCUAUCUCUGUAUCUUUUGGUAUCGAAACGGCGAUCUGGCUAUGAAAACGAAUUUCGAAUGGAUGUAUUGUAUGGUUAUCCAUUUAGGUCGGACGGAACGCUGAACGCCGGACGCCUCAUAUGUUAAAAUUACAUACAAAGUACGCUGAAAAACAUAACCCUACUUCCGAUGCAGUCGGGUAAUGAAUGUUAAAAUUUUGAACACUCUGUAUGAGACGCAUCGGUAGAUUUCCGCUACCACUCCAAAGUUCGCAAUAGGGGAGGCGACGUUGCUUAAAUGUGGUGGAGCUAAUCUCGAAGGGAAGUGUAUUUCAAAAAUUGUCUCUGAUAGGGAAAGUAAGGAAAUUUUGUCAAGUCCUUGGAUUAUGCGCAGGGUAAAAUUUUUGUUUUGGUUUCUGAAGGUUAUGAAGCGGUUUAUGAGCAAAUAUCACGGAAGUUUUACAACAAUUAGAUGAAAUUAACCUCCUUGUAUAUGGAAUUACGAGAAGGAUUUAUAAAAGAGUGGAUUAUUCAUAGUUUUCAUAACGGAACAUUUUUCCAACGGUUUAGGACCAAUAAAGGACUUGUUCUUUUGUCUCCAAGUGAGAGCAUGUUGUUUUGUUUUCUAUUAUACGUUUAUUUUCGGCAACAAAGAUUUUUCUUGUACGGAAAAAUUGGGUUUUUUUUAGCAGCAGAACUCAUAAUUAACACAAAUCUGUGAUAACGAAUAUUUUACAUAUUGGGAUUUUUGACAUGGAGAUAUGACAGCACAGAAGUAGAAACCUCAUGAUUGCAAAGUCAAUUCAAUCUAAGGUGUACCUUAAAGAUAAGCUUCACUUUGCUAAGUGGAAUGUUCGAGGAAGGACGUGACAGAAUUACCUGAUUUCCUCUACAUCAAUCUUGAUGCAAACAUUUCGAGAACCAUGAAAAUCCUAUUGCAAAAUUUCGGUUAAUUUUUCUAUAACUUCCCUUUUUGAGAUUAGCAACAACUAUGAGGUGUUAAAUUGUAUACAUUUUUUUUUUGUUUAGCUUUAUGUGCUGGUUUUCUUUUGUGUUUUGAGACAAGUUUAUCAGCCUCAAUUUUAUAGUUUAUCCUACGUUUUGCUCAGCUGAUGUUUAUAUGAAUAUUGUGCUGAUAAGCCCGUCUUCUAUUGUAGUUUCAAUUGUCUUAAUAUAUUUUUUCGGGAUUUCUUUGAUUUUUUAGUAAUUCUGACCCUUGUCCCUCUAACUAAUACGUCAUUGCAUUAUUAACACACAAAAAAACAGGCUAUUCAACCAGAUUUAUGAGGCUUAAUUUGUUGCUUAAAUUCAAGUGUAUCAUAAUGCCUAAUCUAUACGUAAUCAUUGAAUGUAGAUCUAAUAUUAGGUAAUGCAUAUAGCUCAUGUGUUUAGUUAGUUCGGUGUCAGUUUUAUGCAUCAUUGAUCAGACUUUUCAACAUAGUUGAAAACAACUUCUUUACAAUACCUUUGGACUUUAUAUUCAUCGGAAACAUCGCGUUCAAAAAAUAGUUUUAAUAUUGUUUUUUACCAAGUGCAAUUUGCUUUGAAAAACAUGAUAAUUAACUUAGACUAAAUGUAAAGUGUCUUAAACUUAGUUGUUAGUUAAAUAAAUGAAAAUAAGGGACUGCUAAUUGGGAUAUAAGCAAUUCGAUAUCAUAUAUUACAAUCUUUGAUAAUUUUUUUUUUUGAUGUGGGUGCUAGAAAGUAUUUUAAUGAGUAAGAGUUGAAAAAUAAGGCCUGUAAUUUGAACAAUAUUCUAUUAAUAAGGCGAAAUACAUUUACAUUUUACGCCUGCACAAAUACACAUCAACUUUUUUUUGUGGCCAUUCGUCAUAGUUAUUCAGAGGGUUUUUCUUUUCAGCGUUCAUAGAUUCUGAUAUAACUGACGUGCAAACCUUUCUUUAACGGCAUAAAAAUAUUUUUUUGACAUUCUUUUUGUAGAAGUAAAUGACGAUGAAAUAAUAAUAUUGGAGGAAGCUUUAAAUAUAUAUUCAAGUAACAAAAAAAAAUCAUAAAGAAUAUUCAAAAAUGAAGCACCGCAGCAUUUUUCUCGAAACGCUAUUUUCUUUAGCAUAUCGCUAACAAAUAUCUUUUCACUGAAAUUAUUCACAGUAUCUUGAAAAUAAACUCAAUUCACAAACUCAUCAACCAUAAAAAAAUCGAUAUUUUAAAAAUCACGUAUUUCUUUAGCAAUAAACAUUAAUAGGUUGUUUUUAAUUUUUCCUGCUCAGCAGCAACAUUGUGCAUACGAUUCUGUCAUUCACAAAAAUCGUCGCGGUUCAUGAAUUUUUAAAUAUUUUUUUAAAAUUUAAAAUUAUUUUGUUACUUCACUAUAUCCUCCAUUAUUUCCUCCAAUACUAUUAUUUUGUUUGCCGUUAUAACGGUAAAGUGCGGUAAAUAAUUUUCCGAGUAGUUUAUUAAUAAAAAACAAAUAUUUUUAAAUCAUACACACCAGAGAAGAAGUUUCUGUACCCUGGCUUAUUGUACUCUUUGUUAAUCUGCUUGCUACUGAAUUGUGUAGAGUGUUUGUCUCAAAUUUCCUAUUCUGUGAUAUGUUGUGCUUUGUACGCCGUGUCACAGAAUAGGUUUAUUUUUUGUGUGAUAUACUUUGACUAUUAAAAACACGAGGCUUUAAAGAAAAAACUGACAGUUCACUGGAUAUUGUACGGAAUUUUCAUGACACAAUAUCUGACAGCUUCUUUCUAAAAAACGUAAAAUUUGCUAGGCAUGGGCUUAUAUUAACAUAUCCUAUUUGAAGAUAGUCAUCGUAAUAUUGUAGUCCCGCGUCCAAAAAUGCUCAGAAAUAAAAUAAGAUAUCGUCGCGUCAUCUACGAGAAUUUGUCAUAACUAUGCAUGUAAUCCAAACAUCGGUUGUUUGUUUUUAUUUACGCCUAUAUUUCUACAGAAAGCCACCAUUGACCUUAUUUUAAACGUAUGCGCUAUAAAAUUACGAGUAUUAUUUAAUAAAAAAUGGAAAAAAUACGCGGUAAAUUUAAAAUGUCUAAACGCAACGGUAAUGACGUGGGCAGCCACACCUUGUUUUCAGUCAUUGAUCGCCAACCUAUCAGUUUGAUCAGUCCCCAAAAAUUGGCAGCAAACUUGUUGCCGACAAGAGGUCAAUUUUGCCUCACAGACAACGUCGGAAAAACAACAAACAAAAGAAAAAACCUUCCAAAUCUUCUCAGCAAAUUAACCAAACAAAAACGACAGAACAUGAGUUGUGACGUCACUGUGAAGAGCGCGGAAAAUGCUGCGUUUAAAUAAAUAUUUAAUUAAAACAAAAUACAGACAUUUCCAUGAAUGGAAUAUGUGUUAACGAAAGUAAUCGGCAUUCACAAAAAUAAGAAGCUUAUUUCCUAUUAGGAAUGUACUGAACAGGUCAGUUAUAGAUGCCGCUAUAUGCCCAUAUAGUUAAGCUACAGCACCAUCUCUGGGACUUUAAUUUAUAACUAUAUAUAACACAUAGUUGUGACAAACUCUCAUAGACGACUCCAAGAUAUCUAAUGUCGGUUAAUUUCUUAGGCGCGAUUUGUGACUUGUUCUACAACAAACGAGUAUUCCUGUCCACAUAUUUCUAUCCUUACUUGUUAAGUAUGCUUCACGUUUUAACGUUUGAUUAGCACUUCAUUGAUAGUGGAUAGUGUAGUGCAAAAAAGGCAUUAUAACGGUUGACUAAACUCAGUUUCGUGUCUGAAAAGCCUCGUUUUUUUUCGUAAGUCCUAAUUUUAAUCGGUCCUGUUUGUUUUAGAUAACAUCAGAGGACCUAAGUAUGAUUAUCUACUCUGGUGUGUCAUGCAAAAUAAAUUCAUUGUUUCGACUUCUGUCAUUUCAACAUCUUCUGUAUAAAGUUUGUACAUUAUUUCACGAAGUUCAGAAAUAUUCAUUGGUUUGAUGAUGUUUUUCAAUCAUUGUUAUAUUCGGAUUCGAUAAAAACGUGGUAAAGGCUGUGAAAGCUGUAAACUUGUGUAUUUGCGCAAGAUUGUAAUUAUUUUAGAAGAAUAAAUAAUGUGGGAUAAA